UUUUGUAGGCUGGCCUCAAACUCCUGGCAGUCCUCUUGUCUCUGCCUCCUGAGAGUUGGGAUUACAGGCAUGUACUACCAUGCCUGGUCUCUUCCUAAGUAUUGUGAAUGCUUUUUGCUGAUUUUAUUUUUGUAUUGCUUAUUGCUAGUAUAUGGUAAUACAAUUGAUUAUGGAUUUUUGUGUACUAGUUUUAUUCUUUAACCUUGCUAGUUUAUUCAUCCUAACAGGGGUGUGUGUGUGUGUGUGUGUGUGUGUGUGUGUCUGUCUGUCUGUCUGUCUUUGGAUUUCCUAGCAGUUGCUAUACAUGGGUCCUGACAUCUUUGAAUAAGGACAUUUUCUUCCUUUUCAAUCUCCAUGACUUAUCUUUUUCCUUAUUGCUCUGGCAAGACCCUUCAGUACAUUGUUGAAAACAAGCGGUGAAGGUUGACCUUAUUUUUUUUCCUGAUACAAGGGGGGGAAUAUUUAGUUUUUCAUUAUUAAAUAUGGUAUCUGUUGUAGGUUUGUCAUAGGUUGUGGACUUUAUAAAUGUAAGACCAUUUCCAUUGUUAGUUUGAGAAUUGUUACCAUGAAUGGAUAUAGGGGCUUAGUGAAAUGGUUUUAAUAUGUUUUCACUGAGCUGAGCCUGUGGCUUUUGUCAUUUAUUUUAUGGAUAUGGUAUAUUACAUUAAGUGUUUUUUGGAAGUUAGACCAAGCUUGGAUUUCUGGGAUAAGUUACACUGUGUCAGAAUGUGUCACUGAAUUUGAUUUGCUAUUAUUUUAUUAGUGAAUUUUACAUUUAUAUUUUUAUGAGGACUAUUUUCUUGUGAUGCCUUUGUUUUCAGUAUCAGGGUAAUUGGGCUGUAUUAAUUUUCUGUUGCUGCUAUAACAUUAUUACAAACUUAAUGACUUAAGAGCAACGCCAUUUACUAAAACUACACCAUUUACUGAAACUACACUGUUUAUUCAGUUUUGGUGGAUCAGAUUUGAUAUUUGGUUCAGCUGGUUCUUUCUCCGAUUAAUCUCACAAGGCUGAAAUCAAGUUGUUGGCAGCAUUUUGUUCCUUUUAGGAGGCUCUAAAGGAGAACUCACUUUCAGGCUUAGUCAAGGUGUUGGCUGAAUUCACUUCCGUGCAGUUGUAGGACUUGAGGUUUCUAUUUCUUUACUGGCUACUAGCCUGGGGUUAUUUGCAGCUUCUAAGGCUGUCUGCAUUCCCUGGCCUUGUGGCUCCUUGAAAGCCAAUAGCAGGUUAGAUUUCUUUCCAGUUUCAAAUUUCCCUGACUUUCUCUUCCAUAUUUCUGAUACAUGUUUCUUAACUCCAGCCAGAGAAAUUUCUCCCUUUGUAGUGUAGUGUUCAUGUGAUUAGAUUGGGCCCACCUGGAUACCCCAGGCUAAUCUCGUUAAGGAAUGUGACCUUAAUUACAUUUGCUAAGUCCUUGCACAGCAGUACUUAGAUUAUGUUUGAAUGAAUAACUAGGGGACAGGAACCUUGAAGAGAUAGCUUUGGAAUUCUGCCUACUAUACAGUCCUCAUGGAAUUAAUCAGAAUCUCCCAGGAAAAAGAGACAUGACUGCAGUGAUACAUCCUGACAAGAAGUUGAUAAAAGCAAAGGAGCAGAGAUUAACAGCUAGCAAGCAGAAUUUUGAACCGUCAGGAUUUCACAUUUACUGCUUUCAGCUACAAAUUUCUGUUGCCAACUUUUAAAUCAGAUAUACUUUCAGAACCCAGAAAAGACAAAAAGAUACUUUUCUUCCAUAUUUUUUGUUAGGUAAAAGAAACUGCAAUGUCUAGGAAACAAAGCCAGAAGGUAGGACUUAGUGUGGAAGUUUGGACAAGAAGUAAUAGCACAACUGAUUUUCUCAUCAACAUAAAAGAAGAUUCAUCAGGAUUCAUUUUUGAUUUGCAGUCCAAUACUGUACUGGCCCAAGGAGGAGUUUUUGAGAACAUGAAAGAGAAGAUAAAUGCAGUGCGUGCAAUAGUUCCCAACAAGAGCAACAAUGAAAUCAUCCUGGUUCUGCAGCACUUUGAUAAUUGUGUGGACAGAACAGUACAAGCAUUCAUGGAAGGUAGUGCCAGUGAAGUACUCAAAGAAUGGACAGUAACAGGCAAGAAAAAGAACAAAAAGAAGAAAAGCAAACCAAAACCUGGAGCAGAAACAAGAAACAGUGUCCCAGAUUCCAGUAAAUCUGUUUCCAUUCGAGAGGAGCAGUCUGCACCUUCCUCAGAGAAAGGUGGCGUUAAUGGUUAUCACGUCAAUGGUGUCAUCAAUGAUGCUGAGUCUGUGGACUCACUGAGUGAAGGUUUGGAAACACUUUCAAUGGAGGCCAGAGAAUCAGAAGAUCCUGAGUUGUCUGCACCAAAUACACUGGAUAGAACAGGAUCUGUGCUGGAGAAUGGUGUCUCUGACUUUGAGCCCAAGUCUUUGAUUACCUACUCUAUUCGGAAUGUUCAGCACUGCAAGAAGGCUGCCAAAUCUCUGUCAAGAUCCACUGCGGGACCUCACUUUUCAAAUCUGGGAAUGGAGGAUGUUCCACUAUCAUCUACCAAUAAAAAACUAGGUUCCAAUAUUGAAAAAUCUGUAAAAGACCUUCAACGCUGCACAGUAUCUCUUGCACGGUAUCGAGUUGUAGUUAAAGAAGAGAUGGAUGCGUCCAUUAAGAAAAUGAAGCAAGCUUUUGCUGAAUUGCAGAGUUGUUUAAUGGAUCGAGAAGUGGCAUUGCUGGCUGAAAUGGACAAAGUGAAAACUGAAGCAAUGGACAUUUUACUCAGCCGACAAAAGAAAGCAGAGCUUCUAAAGAAGAUGACCGAUGUGGCUGUGCGAAUGUCAGAGGAGCAAUUGGUUGAGCUCAGAGCUGAUAUAAAGCACUUUGUUAGCGAACGUAAAUAUGAUGAGGAUCUGGGACGAGUAGCUCGGUUUACCUGUGAUGUGGAGACUCUGAAGAAGAGCAUUGAUUCCUUUGGACAAGGUGAGGUGGUGAGAGGUUCUGGGCCAUGCAGCCAUCCACUGUUAAUGAGCGACUGAUGUGCCUCUCCUCUG